CAUGCCCAUGAUUACUUAAUUUAGAUUCAGCAGUAGAAAAUAAUAAUAAUAAAUUAGAAACCAUAGAAUAAAAAGAGAAAAUAUUAAAAGGAGAAGAAUAAGUAACAAUGACAGAUGCAUCAAAUACAAUAUGAGAAACAAUUACAGUGUAUGAA